UCAUUAGUCCAGCUGGGGGCUCCUCUGCGCUGUGUCCUUCACUGCGGACCCGAACUGACAACGAACAGCAUGGCUUUUGCAACUUCUCAGGUCGUCAGAGGCUUCUCGUCCUCAGCAGUCCGGAAUGUUGUUAUUAAAAAUGUGACGAUCAUCGGAGGUGGACAGAUGGGUGCAGGGAUCGCACAAGUUGCUGCAUCAACGGGCCACUCUGUGACACUGGUGGACACAUCUGAUGACAUCCUCAAAAAGUCCAUUAAAACCAUUGAAGGAAGCCUUAAAAGAGUGGUGAAGAAGAAGUUUGCCGAUAAGCCAGAGGCCGGUGAAGAGUUCAUCAAGAAGGUCGUGCAGAACGUGUCGACCUCGACAGAUGUUGAAUCUGCAGUUCAGAGCUCGGAUCUUGUGGUGGAGGCCAUUGUUGAAAAUCUAAAGAUCAAACAGGAUCUUUUCAGUAGGCUUGACAAGCUGGCACCACCGCACACCAUCUUUGCCAGCAACACAUCCUCCUUGUCCAUCUCCGAUAUCGCCAGCUCCACCAGCAGGCAGGACAGAUUCGGUGGCCUUCACUUCUUCAACCCAGUUCCUAUGAUGAAGCUUGUAGAGGUGAUUGGAACACCAGCAACCAGCCAAGAAACUUUGGAUUCCCUCCUGAACUUCAGCAAAGUUCUCAGAAAAACACCAGUGUCCUGCAAGGAUACCUUUGGAUUUGUCGUAAACCGUCUACUUGUCCCUUGCAUAAUGGAGGCCAUCCGGUUGUAUGAGAGAGGCGAUGCAUCCAAAGAAGACAUUGAUAUUGCUAUGAAACUCGGCGCUGGUCAUCCCAUGGGCCCCUUGGAGCUUGCUGAUUAUAUAGGACUCGACAUAAUAAACUCUGUUAUCGAGGCUUUCAGGACAAAGGAUCCUAACAACCCCCUCUUUAACUCCAGCGACUUGCUGAACAAGUUGGUUGCAGAGGGUAAACUUGGCAGAAAGACAGGAGAAGGAUUCUUCAAGUACUAGUGAGCACCAGUGAAUGUGUGCAGUCGUCACUGAAACUAACUAAACAACCGAUCAAACACUGGAAUAGAUAAGUGCCUUUGCCGUGUGCAUUAAAGAGCAACGAUUUUCUUCAUCAGUCAGUUUCCUUUCAGUGUCCAGUGAAUGUUAAAGCAGAAUAAAUGGAUUUAUUUUAAAAUAAUUCAUGUCUGUUGUCAUUUUUAGAGCGAACUGUGCCGACUACUUAGUGCAUGUACGUGUCUCAUAUUUACUAGCA